GGGGAGGAAGAGGAAAAGCAGGAGGAAGAGGAAAAGCAGGAGGAAGAGCAGUGCUGAGAUGUGAGUGAAUGCAGCCAUGGCCUGUACACCCUGUCCAUAGAGGAGCGACUGAGUGGAAGAGAGAUCAAAGAAGACAGAGAUGACCAACAGGAUGAAACUGUGGGGGAGGUCAGCUUGGCCUUUGCAGGUGGUCUUCCUCGUUGCCUUGGUGAUGCUCUGCUUUGACCCGGUGUCCGCUGGAAACCGUAACCAUCGGGGACCGACAGUCUCAUACCAGGUGAAGCAGGGGACAUGUGAGGUGGUGGCCAUCCAUCGCUGCUGUAAUAAGAAUAAGAUUGAAGAGCGCUCUCAAACCGUCAAGUGUUCCUGUUUCCCUGGGCAGGUUGCUGGCACCACCAGAGCCAGACCCUCCUGUGUGGAAGCCUCCAUUGUAGCCCAGAAGUGGUGGUGCCAGAUGCAGCCGUGUAUGGACGGAGAGGAGUGUAAAGUCCUGCCUGACCUGACUGGCUGGUCCUGCAGCACUGGCAACAAAGUCAAAACCACCAAGGUCACACGAUAGCAAGAGAGCCACUGAGCCACGAGGAAACCUGAAACUCUCCAUGUGGAAAGGAUGGAUGACUUACACAUAUUUACUGAAAGAUGGGGAAAAUAUUAAGGGACGGACUGCUAUCCAUCACAAAACAAUGGGAUAAAAUGUGCUCAUCAAAAACUAUGUACACAUGGCAACAUGGAGCCAAACAUACAGCAUAUACAGUAUGCUGGUUGGUGAGACCAAUGGACUACAUUUAUGGACACCCAGGGUACAACUGAACACAAAUGGACUCUUAUUUUCCAAUAAUGGACAAAGUGUGGAUUGAUCAAAAAUGGUCAAUUUAAAACACAGAUCAAGGAUUUCAAAAUAUAUAUUUCAACAAAGCAUUUGUGGAUGAGUGUGAGAUGUGAACUAAAAGCUGUGCUUAGAGUGCUCCUGGACACAGUCCAGCCCCGUUGUCAAUAUGUAGAGCUGAUAAUUUGGGAGAAAUGAAAGCAAUAGCAGCUCAUAACUAGCAAAUAGCAAAUUAGCAUCAAAUUGCUCUUGUGGGUCAAGUCACUACCAUGAAGACUGUUUUGGGGGAGUCAUUUUGCAGUUCUAAUUAGGAAUUGCCGGGUAGGAUCAUAACAACAUAUUAAAAAUUCAUGUAAGAUAUUUGCACUAGUUGAAACCGUUUGGGAAUGUUUUGUUUUUCUAGAUAUCUCCCAUCUUUUGCUGUGAAUGUUACAUGAAAUUGAAGGUGAGCAUUUUGUAAACUGUCUAACACUUGAAGUAGAUAAAUGUAUGUAUUAUGGCCCAUUACUCCUGAGUAGUUAUUGGUUAAAAAUGGCUCAGACUAUUGAGCCUCGCUUACAUACAGCUUGGUACAAUAUGACUAGCAAAGUGUGAUUCAUCUGUCUCAGUUUUGCCCAGAAACAUUUCCAAGCUCAGCCUUCAAAGUUAUAUAUCUUUGAUCUAUUAUAUUCAGUCUGUGACAUCUCUUAUGUUAACUGUUAAACGGAGACCCAUAAAAUGUUCAAACAAGGA